CCAUGAUGGUGGGGCCGCCGUCAAGAAGGUUUCAUGAGGCCCAACGUGAACCAAGGAAGGCUUGAAGAAGGCCCUCGAGCGGAGAAGCUAGGCCCAGGCACUUCAUCACGAAUCAGCCUACACUGUGAUCUGCAGUGAAUCACAUGCAGUUUCGCCCAAGGAAUGAACCUUUCCUAAAAGGUUCAUCGAAUUGUCAGGCUCUUUCUCAGUUUAGUGCUACUGGCAGCGGCAUUGACGAAGAAGCCAUGGCUCGACUCGGUCGUAAGGCAUUUAGAAACCUCCAAGUUAAAGCUAGCACCAGCAUCUCGCAAGUGAUUAUGGCGAUGUGAAGUGACUCUUAGUGUAGCAGUUGUAGAGAAAUGUGUGUGUAGGGAGUUUAUUUUGAUGGAGGCGGGUGCAGUUUUGGAGGACCCUAGACAGCCGAGAACACCAGGUUCGAUUUUGUGAGCUGGGAGAGAUAGACAGACAGAUAGCCAGAUAGCCAGACAGAGAAGCCAAUAGACUGAAUCACAGGCAAACUCAUUGAGUAGCUAUCUCACAGACCGAUUUCAUUUUUGAAUGACCAUUGACUAACAAGAAGAUAGAGAAGCCCAGUUUGGGCUUGGUGGACAUUGAGAUCCAAGGGCAGCUCGUCGUUGCCAUCCGGCGAGUGAUUGACCUCGACAAGAUGAAGGUUCAUCGGAGUCUAGCGCUGACCAUAUUUGUUGCGGUGACAGUCAUAUGCGGGAUUUCAGUGCUCAUCUCUUGCAGCUUAGAUUUCCCUCCCAUAGUCUUGGCAAGAGGCUACUGGUACGAAGCUGGUGGCCUACAAACGUUCGAGGAGAGACAAAAUAUGUUAUCUCUCACCUGGCCGCACAACAGUUUAAAGGAGGCGAGUAGGAAUUUUUUGGACUGGAGGGAACGAUCGGCCGAAUGGUGGAGGAACAAUCUGAUCAAUCCUCAGGAUCCAAACUGGGAAGGUAGACACAGAUUACAUGACUCACUGAAGAAUGGGACGCUCUGGUACGAUGAAGAUUUGGAGAGAGCUUUUCUAUCGAGGCUGGAAGCUCAUCAGUUUCCCAAACGGUGCACAGACAAUCAUUGGAUUGCACACCGCACCCACGAUUCUGGUUUGUUGUCGUGUACACAUAUCAUCACUCCUGUUCUCAUGAUGGGGUUAAUGAAAGGGGAUGGCUACACAGUCGUGCCUAUCUCGAGACCACCCGGGAAGACGGGGCUUCCAACUUUUGACGGAUGCGGCGAAGACAAGGACAAGCACAUCGGAUGUUUUUUCAAUCUGACGAGCUGCAGAGUGGAGGAGGAUCCCUAUAGGACCGAGGUCAUGAACAAUCAGACCGCGAGAGGAUACAAGGGCGCUACGUGGGAUUCACUCUGGCAUGACAACACCACACGGCCAGGCGGCAUGACCAUCUUGAGAAGCUUCAUGUUCAGAUAUGAUGCACAAUCGCACAACGAUGCCUGGAGAAGGCCCAAGUUGCGUCUGUGGAACGAACUCCGGAAGGAAGGAGGAGCUGGAGUGCACAACAGAAGCGAGAGAGCCGUCGAUAAGCUAAGAGAUUCGCAGAUCGAUUUCGCUCUGCACGGAAUGAUGAGCGCCUGGAUGAUGAGACAGACAUCAGAUCGUGUUAAGAAAAUUGCCAACAAAAUCAUGUCCAGAUAUCAAGAUGAGAUGGAGAGGCCGCUUUGGAUGCCGCCCGUUCUUGCUCUUCACGUCCGGCAGACGGACAAAAAGUGGGAGGAUCCAUACUUCCAACAACACAAGAAGUACAGAAGCGUGGUUGACUACGUCGACCAGAUGAAAUCCAUGGAGGAGCAGUUCAAUUUUCGGUGGGAAUCGAUAUUCAUCAUCUCUGACUCUGGCUCUGCAAUUCAAUCUCUGGCCCAAGCACUCAACAACGUCACCGGACUCCCGGAUUCUAUGAACGGCCAAGAAGGAAAACGCUUCCUCAUGUACGACUGGACUUAUGACAACGCCCUGAUCGAGAGACUUGGUGGGCACACGAACAUCCCACCCGAGAUGAAGCACUCGGCCCAAGAGCAUUUUCUGGCCACCUUGUACAUUAUUCACAAGAUUGCGGACUAUGCCAUCGUACAGUACAGUUCAAAUGUAGGCAGAUUUUUGAGUGAGAUCAUCGGAGGUAGACACAGAUUGGCCAGCCCGGAUCACGUAGGCCCCAAUGCUUUCUCGGUGGAUGUUUUCUGGGUGCACAAUCGUUGAUUCAUCUUGUCAACGAGAAAUGCACAUGCAAUUGCUGCAAUUUUCUCCAGAUGAUUAAUUCUCCAUCGACUCAGGCUCCACGUUUAAUUGUUGCAGUGAUGACCUACACUAGGCCAAGAGUCACCAAGACAUACUCGCACAAAGAGGUAGGAAAAGAUUCACAUUAGCUUUGAAGCUUAAGAACCUAGAACGUUUUACAUGUACAUAGAGAGAAAGAAGAAUGUGGUGCUCACGCGCACCAUGUUAAGAAUUUUAUGAAUGCAGUGGUACCGGUAGCUGGAUGGAUCAAACCGAGCGUGGGUGAUGUUGACCCCAGACAGCGAUAAGAGGUAGAGAGCGUGGAACAUCUGGCCACACGUUCUUAGCCAUGAGUUUGAGUUUUGCUCGAUGUAUAUUGAUUGAUCCUGUUGUAAAGCACUUAUCUGGAUUUGGGAGAAGAACGCUACCCUACGUUUUGUAAUAAAUCAUCCUUCUGUCACGGGACGGCAGUUGAAAUUUC